AUGUCAGGUAAUAUUCCACAUUCAGCUUCAAGGUUGGUGAUAAGUAAAUAUAUAAACAAACAAACUAUGAAAUAUAUAUUUACCACACAUUUCUGGGGGCCAGUGUCUAACUUUGGUAUACCAAUUGCUGCUUUAUUGGAUUUGAAGAAGGAUCCAAAUUUAAUAUCUGGUCCAAUGACUUUCGCUCUUGUUAUAUACAGUGGGGUGUUUAUGAGGUAUGCUUUGGCAGUGACGCCAAAGAAUUAUUUACUGUUCGGUUGUCAUAUUAUUAAUUCUGCUGCACAAUUAGGUCAAGGUUACAGAUUCUUAAUGAAUAAAUAUUAUCACCAGGAUAAUAAAAAAUAA